CGGCAGGUACACGCAGAACUCGCACCGGCUGCACCUUUCGCGUUGGGCCUCAAGCCAAGUGGAACGAAGUGCGGUGGGGAGCUCGGCGUCUCUCUCGCACGCUCGUUUGUUUGUGCCAGUUCGCUUGGAGAGCGCGCGCACGCCACAGAGCCGGUUUCUUCUGCUGCCUCGCCUCCAAAGCAGGGACGCCUGCCUCGGAUUUCGCACCGUCUGGGUCGUCGCUCUGCCGGACUGUUCCGCCGCGCAAGGGGACUAUCUCCCAAAGGAUUUGCGUCGACGACUCGUGUUUCGGCUGCUCCUUCCUCCUGACUGUGCGUCGGCGGCAACCCACGAAUACGCGAGGAGGGCCGCAGGUGGUCUCCUCGGUGGCACGCGGGGCAGUUUUGCUGCCGUCGACUGUGUGGGGCGCGUCGGGGGGAACGCUCUCUCGGGGGAGACAAGUGGCUAUUUCUGCGGCGCCAGCGCGUGAAGCCGUGCGCGCUUCCUAGUUUCUUCUGUUCGCCGAAAGCUUGCGGCGUGUGCCGCAGCGCCAUGCCAUAGGAGACCGGCGCGGGACGUGUGUCACCCGAAGCAGUGACUGCCGUCGCCCACCUGAACGAAAGUUCGCCUGCAGAAACGCCGAGAGAGGGCACAAUGUCGUCCUCGUGGCCUCCGAUGUUCAACAAGUUCUGGAACAAGAAGUCAGUCACCAUCACCGAGUAUGACCCGACGUACAAGGUGGUCUACCUGGGCAACGUUCUCACCCCGUGGGCCAAGGGUGAAGGUUGCGUGGACAAGCCUCUGGCCACCCUGUGGAAGAAUUACUGCACCAACGUCAAGCAAGACAUCCACAUGAAGCUGACCGUGUGCAACUCGGGUCUCAAGGCCGUUACCAAAGAGCACGGACUCACGGAGUACUGGGCUAGUCGCAUUACGCACUGCACGUCGGUGCCCACACACCCCAAGAUCUUCUGCUGGAUAUACAGGCACGAAGGGCGCAAGAUGAAGCAGGAGCUGCGCUGCCACGCCGUGCUCUGCGUCAAGGAGGAAGUGGCGCGCCUGAUGGCCACGCAGCUAAACCAGAAGCUCGCCGCGGCGCUCCAAGAGUUCAAGCGCGAGAAACUGAGCCGGCAAAAAGCGAGGCUCUCGCUGGGAAGCAUCUACGAGCAGCCGGCGAUGCCCCGAAGGAAACAGAUGCUCAGCACGGGAUCCAGCAACUUCAGGGCGCCGCUAGAGAGAUCUCGGAGUGCGCCCAAACUCACCUCCAUCGAGGAAGACGAAGAGGACGAGGACUUCGAGGACGACCUCAUCACCACUGGCUCGGAGCACGAAUCCACGUCGGACGUGGUGACGGACACUGACUUGGACUCGCUGUCGGACCAUUUCAUGCUAGGUGUUGGUGUGCGCGAGACAGACUCUGUGGACUCGGACUCGGUGGAAGACAUGCCUAACCCUCAGCUGCGGAGACGGCCGCUGAACUCAAUCGACGAGACGGUGGACGAGGAGUCGGAUAACGUGUCAGAUGAGUCGGGUUACUCGGAAGAGAAGAUUUGAGCUUGUGAUGUCGACUCGAAAAAAGAGACAAUGCGGAGCGUUGGAACACAUCUCCUUUCCUCAGGAACUUGUACAUAGCGUUGUUGUUGUUGUUGUUACUGUCAUUUGCCUGUUUCCGUAGACCAACGCUCUGGACCAAAGCGCGUGCCUUGCGUGUGUGCGUGCGUGUAUGGAGUGUGCGUGUGUGUGUUGCCGUCCCAGGUCGAGACAAAACAAAUAUCGCAGCUGCAGAGAAAACCAUCCCCCACCUCGCGGCGCACCGAUUCCUUUGUAAGUACACAAACUGGUACUGGCGACGUGCGUUGUCCUAAACCACGGUGUCCUGCCGAUACCUUCUCGUUUCCUGUAUGUGCGCGUGUGCCUGAUAAAGUAGUGACGAGCCCCCUGAGAGGUCACCAGAUUUCGUUUUAGCGAUUGACGAAUCUCGAAUCAGUAUUUCAAAGCUCUGCUAAAGAGUUAAGCGUAAGUUCCUCCUAUUGGCGCGCGUUGUCGGGUACGUGCGCCUGCUCUAAGACUGUCUCUCAUGGCUGAUUUCGGGAAAAGGCUGAUGUGAUGUGAGCGAAAGAACAAAGUGUGUGUGUCCUUUGUGCCGUGUUUAUUUUAUUUUUGCCAGUCGGCGAGGCCGACUUGGAAGAAGUCAUCCCAUAUGCGGGAAUUGUACAGCAAGAAAGAAGCGAUGAUAAUUAAAGAGUGAACGUAUGUUCAUGACGUA